AUGCGUGUUGUCAUCGUUGGUGCAGGUUUAUCUGGUUUAUCGCUCGCAGCUUUCCUGCGCCGUAUCAAUAUCGAUUGUGUAGUGCUUGAGCAGUCGCCGUUUUUACGGGCGACGUACCAGCCACCUUAUACACUUUAUGCUAACGCACUCAGUUGCUUUAAAGCAUUCGAGUUGGAUGACGGAUUCUACACUGGUGAUGCAAUUUCCGAGAGCCACUUCGGUAUACAGAACGAGCGCUUGCAAUGGCUUUUGAGGGUACGAAAUAGGGUGGUGCAACUACAGGCGCUUGGUCAAGAGGACUGUGUGCCACUUAGUACGGCCCCACCAGCUAACAGCGAUUCAACCGUAUCACGUCGCUUAGCUGAGGAACUAAAACAGGAUCUUGGCUGUGUACCACUACGUACAACGUUUAGUGCGGAUUAUCUUCGAAGUAUUUUACGCAAAUACGUGCAGGAAAUACGCUUCAAUGCCAAUGUAGUGGAUCUGAGACCACAUGAUGGCAUUAAGGGCGGCGUACACGUAGUACUUGAUAAUGGGCAAACCGAGUGGGGUGACGUGGUUGUUGGAGCCGACGGUGGACACAGUACAGUUCGUAAGUUACUUUACCCAGAUGAGUACAUUGGCACGAGCUGUCGAACACUGGGGAUGACACAAGUGGACGGGUAUGUGGAACUUGGCGACGAGCCGUGGCCUACAGGUGAGUCUCCCGCUGAGGUUUGGGGGAAGAGGCGCGUAUUGUCUUGCAUUCCUCUUCAGUGGGAUGGAAGGAGACACUUUGCCUUCUCAGCCACGCUGUAUGACCCUCCAACAGAAAUUGUUGAUGUGAGCAAAGAGAUGGACCCCAUUGAAUUACGAGAGGUUUACCGCAGUUUGUUGCGGCGGGAAUUCGCAUCCUUUGGUGGUGAUAUAACGAAUACACUUUCUCGUGCAGAAUUGGCGAUACCUUCCGAGCUUGUGGAAGUACCUGUGAUGCCACGGUGGUACAACAAACGUGCUGUUCUUAUUGGCGAGGCAGCUCAUGCCUCAUUGCCUUCCUUCUUGGCACAAGAUGCCUCUCUCUGUGUGGAGGACGCCGCUUUGUUAUCAACCUCUCUGGUUGACGUACCUUUAUGCAAUGACGCAGGGUUUGAGUACGCAUUUAGGCAAUUCGAAACAGUGCGGCGUGACCGCAUUGAGGGGUAUAUUCGUCAGUCGCGGAGGGCUCGUCGCUUCACUUCACUCUCACAUACGUGGCUGCGUAACGGAAUGUUGAGUGUGAUUCCCUCGCUAAGUUUGGUGUGGUUUCAGCGUUGGUUGGCUAACUGGUCAUAUAGUGCCCAGCAACUAGAAGUCGAUCCUAAGAUCAAGAUGGAAACGGCGUACAGGAACUAA